GUCCAUUUGCAGUCAUUUGUCGUUACUACAGUUGUGCUGUCUCUGAGUCAAGGAACAACAAAAACAUGUCCGAGUACGACAGACGGAAGACUUAACCUGCAGUACCCCUCGACAAGUCAUCUCUUUGACCGACUGCUUUAUGAUUCCUGUCGUGUUAACGGCCGACACCCCAGCAAGAUGCCGCAGAAAGCACUGGGAUCCAUUGUAGGUCUUCUUUGUACCGGGACCUGUCUAGUGCAGGGGAAGGAGUUCUGUUUCGGGGUAAACAAUGAACAGUACCGCUGUGAGAUGGGGUACUGCUGUGGAGAGACUGAGUGCUGCACCUACUACUACGAGCUCUGGUGGUUUUGGUUGGUUUGGACCCUGAUCAUCAUGCUUAGCUGCUGCUGUGCUUACCGACACCGGAGGGUUAAGAUGCGCCUUCAGCAGGAGCAGCGUCAACGUGAGAUCAGCCUCAUGGCCUACCAGGGAGCCUCGAGCUCCUUCAUUUCCCCUCCACCACUCAAUCUAAGGUUCUGGAACGACUGCAAGCUUCCCGACUAUGAAGAGGUGGUAGGUCACCCCCCCACACCGCCCCCUCCUUACUCUGAAAACCCUCCUGAAACCACCCCAUCACUCCCUCCACAAUUGACCCAGCCAGUUUCCUCAGUGCCACAACCCCUGCCUGAGGCAGCACCGAUGGACGACUGUCAGGCCUCAGGCUCAUCUCCUGAUCAGGAAGCUGUGUCAGUGUCGGUCCAAGCACAGUGUAUCGUAGAGGAGAACGGGGAGGCUUCGCUCAUUGCGGCAGCAGAGGAGGAGGAGGAGGAGGAGGAAGAGGAGGAGGAUGAGGAGCUUAUCACUCGGCGUCGCCACGUGACCGGUGACUCAGGAAUUGAGGUGUGUGUUUGCCAGUUGGACAUAGACGAGGGUUCAGGGCUUGAGGAGGAAAGCGAUGAGGAGCACCGGAUGUGCAAGGUCACCGGGCAGGACUGCUGCUCCGGCCACCGGCAGCAGGCCUUCAGACAGAAGGAGCGCACCUCCGAGCUGCCCAGCCAGACUGCCAGCACCAGCACUGGAGACCACAUGGUGUGAACCUCUGCCUACAGAUCUAACUAACUAACCAGCCAACCAGCGCGGCUUUCUGCUUCACACCGGGCGAUAUAUGACAUAUCUGUUGCCAUCAUCAUCACCACAAAGACUGUUUGUGUUUUAAUUCCUUGAACUAACACACAGGCGUGACGUUAGGAUGAUGAUGAUAACUAAUGCUCAAUGGCUCCAGAUUAAGGAUGAUAAAUAACACAUUGUGAGGACAAACUUGUGGCUUUUUUUUGCUUUGCUUUUCUUUAGUGGGGAAACUAGCAAACACACUUGUAUGCUUCAUUUGUUCAUAAAAAGUUUUUGAGGUAGUGAGAAGGCAGCGAUUGAUUGUGACUGAAACCAGAAUCGACUGUUUUCUUCGCUCCUACCCUCUCCUCGAGCACUGUCAUCAUGUUUCCGUCUCGCCACUCUCCUUGGUCAGGACAUUUUGGCCAACCUUUCAUCUGACAUUUUACCUCCGGAGGGACGAACAGCUUGGAGCAUACCAACACGGUCAACAACAUGCUAGGACUCUGAAGCAGAGGAGUGAAAAGACAAACCACUUGAGAACUGGAUGAACCAACAUGAGCACACAUUUCAUUUUCCCCAGAGCUUUGUGUGCGUAAGAGUGUGUGUCUGCUGUGAAAUACAAGGCACAGCUGCACGAUGAUAUCAGCUCUGAGGUCAUGGCAACCAGCAUCUGGUGCCAGGUCUGUGGGACUUUUCCCAUCUAGAGUGGGGGAAAUUACACUCACAAACAGCAGAGGAGACAUACCAGAAGGAGGUUUUGUUUGUCUCUGGGUUUCAAGUGUCAUACACCCCCUAGCCCUUUUUCCCUCUUUGUUAUUCAUGUUGUGGUCAGCAAUUGGCAUAACUGCCGGUAGGGAGCAACCAGCUUUUAAUGAUUUAUUGAUUGUCUGCACAUCAUCUCCCUACUUUGGUUUCUGGCUGCAUUGCAUUCAUUGUAAUGGCCAAGAGGGCUUGGCACCAUUUUUUAAAAAUCAUACAAAGCCUUGUGGUGUCUCUGUCUUAGCGUUUCUUUAUAAACUUUGUUACAUCAGAGUGAGUAGUACCAUUAUUCUCACUAUUUUUAGGUUGGAUGUUCAUAAUGAAGAUUAUACUUGCUAUCUUUUUCAUUUCAUAACCAGAUAUGCUUCAGUAAAUGCCGCAGGUGGCACUAUUAUUGCAACAAAGCCCCAUGACGAGGGCUGCUUGAGUGUGUACCAGUGAGUGGGUGUUAUAGUGCAGUAGGGACGGGUUGAGUCUUGUGAUUGAGUUGUGUUUGAAUAUCUUUAUAGUGCUGAAGCAUCUGGUUGUAAUACUCUCUCAGCACUAAGGUGGAUAACUAUUACAAGCACUGGUAUUUUGCAUGAGGCAUGAAUUUAUGUGUUUUACAUUUGAUUUCAUUAGUAUUUUCUAGUCAUUUGUUACUUACUUUGCUCAUUGUUUUUUUUAAUGAUAGUGGGCUACAGUGGCUACAUAUCUGUGUACCAGAUGUUGGGUGUAUAGAAAUGGACUGUGGUUUGAUUUUAGCUGCCCUAUAUCAAGUUGUGUUGUGUUGUUAUUACUGUGUACGCCAUGCUAUGCUGUUGUGCAGUGCUGUUAGCUAGUUAGCUGAUGCUGUCCCGGCACUGUGUGGCCCUGGUAGCUCUUAGCAGUGUGAUGGAUUUGCAGUGGUAUUUUCUGUCGGCAGCAGUUUGAGGUGGAUGCAAGCUCUUCUCUGCAGUCUAGUCAGUGUUGGCAAAGCUGCAGAAUCUGUUGUGAUUAACAGCAUACUCCUCUGUGUUGCAUGUUGUUCGCCCACUCUACUGUACAGUAUGUAUUCAAAGCAUAGCAGUACAACUGGAACUUGUUAGAUAGGAAAACUACUGCGUAACAAACUUGUGUGUGUACAUAGAGCUAAGUCAGUAAAUGUUUCAUUGGGGAAUUUAGAUUGGGACAAUGUCCAACAACCUUUUAUUUGUCUGCUCUGAUACUGUGUCAAAACAGGCGCAGAGUACAGACAGUCAGUCAUAAGAUCACAAAGUAAUGCUCCUGUUUGGCCUUUAUCAUUUUCCUGGAGUGUGUUACCUGUCUGCUGCAAUAUUCUGUUCUAUAUUAAUGCAUCAAAAAUGUCCGAGGCACAGUAUCCUAACUAAAUUAGCAGUUAAUUCUUCCAAUUAUCACCUAACAGGUUCCAAACAUGUUUUGGCUUUUCUUUUAAAAUCAGAGCUUCUAAUCAAACCUCCUCCAGCAGGCUAAGUGGGGAGUAAAAGCCAACAUUUCGUGCUUGCCUGGUGUAUUCAUCAAGCUAUUAAACUAAAUUGCUGUGUCUCUUUAUUUUCAGCACUAAAACAACUCUGUUGAAGACACACUUUGGCCUCUUAACAAGAUGCUACACUGGGUUCAGCACAUGGAUGCGGAUAAUUGUAGGGCCCAUGCUCUGUGGCCAAUGAUAUGUUUCCCCAGCAGCAGCAGCAGCAGCAGCAGCAGCAGCAGCAGCAGCAGCAGCAGCAGCCGCCCAGAGCUCCGUUCCGGCUGUGGUUUUGUCUUAGCUACACUAAAAUACUGCUGUACAGUAGGAAAACAUAUCAAUAUAGAGGAAAACAAAAUCAAUGCAUGGCUGAUUAAGAAUUCAAGUAAAAUAAUAUUUCAUUUGUUUUCAUUGACUUUAUCAUACUGUUGCAAGGUUUGUGGUCCUUGUGUUGUCGAGCAGGUGCUUAAACAUGGAGUCAAACUAAGAUGACAAGGACCUUUUCAGAGGAGCUGUUACACUCUGCACACAGAAGUAAUACAAGACAUUUUUUGACCAACACACCUCAAGCUGCCUUGCUGCAUCUCUAAAGAGCAAAUGUCUUAUUUAUGGAGCUGCAGAAUAAAAUAUAGCCUCUGUAUGCGGCGUGCUACUGCCUUAUAAGAGUAGAUGUAGUUUCUCUCCAAUGGUAAUAGUUGUGUUGUUCUAAGCAUGGUUGCUUCAGAGCGGAGUGUGUUUGUAUGGAUAGAAAAAAAAAAGCUUGUUCCGAGAAAUUGUGCGUGCUUUAUGAGAAGAGGAUGUGGUUUAGAAAUAAUUAAAGCCACAGGGUUUAAAGCGUCACACGUUCUAUACUUUCAAUUUUGGUAUCUGAGGGUUGGUUUGUUCUGAACUUUGUGUGUAGUUACUUAAAUGUGGCACUGAUGGAGUUAGCGAUGACCCGAUUUUGCGGUCAUUCAGCAUUUGUUACGCGGAUCUGGUCCUUCUUAGUUUGUUAUAUUAACGGGCUUGAAAGCAUGAGAAAAAUGAGGAAAAAAAACAUUUUAAUUUAGUUGUUAUUCAUCCUUUUUUCUGUUUGGAGAGUCAGAAUGAACUCGUAUAAGAGAUUGCUUUGUAACCUUUUUACUUAGGUGCAUUUUUGCUUAGUAUACAUAUUUAGAUAAAAUAUUAGGUGAGGGGGGGGAGGAAUGAGGGGAAGGAAAGGGGGUUCUUUGGUGAUUAGUGAAACUGGAGGUCCUUAGUUUUUUCUUUGCCAAAAAGUACCAAGCCUCCCUGGUUUUCACACAAGGUUAAGGGCUAUAUCAGUUGUGGACCCAUCCAUCCAUUUCACCGAGCGAUCCGUCUCCUCUGUGCUGAUCACUUAAAGCCACAGUUGCCGAGAUCCACUAUCUGAAAAUGAGUGGGUUUGGAUGUUCUUUCAAUCUUUUUGUGGAGCUCAUAUUUAACAGCUGAUUGUAUAUGACUGUGUGUGUUUGUUUUAUAGGCUUAAACUUUGCCUUUUUGUUUUGUCAACGGAGGUGCGUGAUGCGACAUCCAUCCCCCACAUGACUCUUAAGCUGCGUGUUCGGUUGUGACGGGUGUUUUCUCUUCGCCCCGUCAGCUCCUCAUGUACCACCAGCCUCUGUCUUGGUUACACAAACUGUAGCUAAGCGCUUUGUAUGUGGACCCUUGGAAACAGGAGGGCACAUCCACUCAUGCAGAAGUGUAGACUGAAUCAUUUACCAAAAGUCACCUCCAUGCUACACACAUCGUGACUUAUUUCAACCGUGUGUGUGUGUGUGUGUGUGACGAUUUGGUUUCCCACUCUCAGGGUUAUCUUGAUCACGCAGUGCUACAGUUUUAAAUUCAAACAUUUUUGACCAGUCUCAUAAAGCCAAAGCAGUUCUUUCUUGAUAAUUGUUUCCCCAUUGUUGUAAAAUGUCCUUUUUUCUGCAUCACGCAUCUCUGUCGUCUAUAUUGUAGUUAACUCAACUAGGCUAUGCAAAUACAUUAACCUACUGUUAUAUGCUGCGACCCCUUUCUCACUCUCUCUGUUACUUGUCUGUGGGCACCAGUACGAGCAAUAUAACUGAGUGCUCGUGGCACCGCACUGUACUGUAAUCUUCUGUUGGUGUGCGUACAUGUAUUUGUUUAAGAAAACGUGUAAAAUACAACUUGUAAUGCUAAUGCAUUGAUGUGGUCAGAAUGUAUGCUUCAGUGUGAGGGGCUUGAAUUAAAAAGCAAUUUUAGUAUAUAUAUAAUUUCCCCAUCUUUCUGGCUUUCCAACCACUAACACUUGUACACCUGGCUCACAGAUAAACCACGUUAUUAAGUUGAUGAAGCCAGAGUAAAAAUUUGAAUUUAUUGAUUUUCUUGGAUGAAUUCCCUUCUGAUAUCUUUAACGUUGUUUGCCACUUUCUCAUCCCUCAGUUUUGCACUAAUUGGAUUCAUUUCCUUUUUUUCAGUUUUAGAAAAACAAACAGGUUUCUUCUUUCUCCGUCUAGAUUAAUUUUCUCUGACGGUUGCCUUUAAUCACAGUUAUAACAAGUCUAUCAGUUUCAAAAGUUUUAUAUAAUUAACGAUUAAAAGACCUCAACAUGGAACGCCGUCGGCUUGCAUUAGACCAGAACAUAUUUGGCUGUUAAGGAACAUUUUGAAGUGUAUUUCUUCUGUCCAACAACUUGUAACUGAAAUUUGUUCUCAACCGUAGAUAAUACCAAACAGAUGGAGGUGCCACAGUUUAGCUAUAUGGAUUUUUUUUUUUUUGCCAAAUGUCAGAAACAUCCCUGUUUAAGAAGGGAGCAGGAACAGACAGACUCUUCAUUGUUAUCCCAAUAAACUUUAAACAGGCCAAAAUGAGUUCAUUAUGUUACGAAUUAAAGCACUGAAUGAUAAAAAUGCUUUGGUUUUAGUAAAAAGUCUGCUAUGUACUUGUUGGGUCAUGAUUUGUAUUUUAUUUUUUUAAUAAAACAAAGAUUGGCACUCA